AUGAAGACUUCAGCCCCUGGCCGCGCCUGUGGCAUCGCGACGGUCCUGCUCUCUCUGCUGGCUGUCCUUCACACCUCCACCCCCCAAAAGAAUGACAUUGACAUCUACAGCCUCACCGUGGACUCCAGGGUCUCAUCCAGAUUUGCCCACACAGUCGUCACCAGCAGGGUGGUCAACAAGGCCAAUGUUGUACAGGAGGCCACCUUCCAGGUGGAGCUGCCCAAGAGAGCCUUCAUCACCAACUUCUCCAUGAUCAUUGACGGUGUGACUUACCCCGGGAACAUCAAGGAGAAGGCUGCAGCCCAGGAGCAGUACAGCACGGCUGUGGCCAGGGGAGAGAGUGCUGGCCUCAUCAAGGCCACCGGAAGAAAGAUGGAGCAGUUCCAGGUGUCAGUCAAUGUGGCUCCCUCUGCCAAGGUCACCUUCGAGCUAGUGUAUGAGGAGCUGCUCAAACGGCGUCUGGAAGUGUAUGAGCUGCUGCUGAAAGUCCAGCCCCAGCAGCUGGUCAAGCAUCUGCAGAUGGACAUUCACAUCUUUGAGCCUCAGGGCAUCAGCUUUCUGGAGACAGAGAGCACCUUCAUGACCAACGAACUGGCAGAUGCCCUCACCAUCUCACGGAACAAGACCAAGGCUCACAUCCGAUUCAAGCCCACACUCUCCCAGCAAAAGUCACCAGGGCAGGAGGACACAGUCCUGAAUGGCAACUUCAUCAUCCGCUACGAUGUGAACCGGACCCUCUCCGGGGGCUCCAUUCAGCACAUGCAGAACAUCACCUUCCAAACGGAAAUUAGAGUGGCGGAGAAGGAAGAAGAGUUCCGGAGCCCCAAGUACAUCUUCCACAGCUUCAUGGAGAGACUCUGGGCAUACCUGACCAUCCAGCAACUGCUAGAGAAAAUGAUUUUGGCAUCUGAUGCUGAGAAGCAGGCCCUUGAGACCCGAGCUCUGAACUUGUCGCUGCAGUACAGCUUUGUCACACCCCUCACGUCCAUGGUGGUCACCAAACCCGAAGGCGAAGAACGAUCUGAAGUUGCAGAGAAGCCCGUGGAAACCGAAAACAAACGCAAGUACUUCCACUUAGGUCUUCCUCUCUCCAGAUUUCAUACCAUGGGAGACAGAAGGUCCAGAUUAACAGGGAGCAGCUAUGCAGACUCCUUCCUUACCGAAAGAAGCAGCUAUAGAGGACCAACUGGACCUUCUGGGAAGGCGCCUGGUAACCCAGGGAGAAUCGGACCACAAGGACCUGUUCAUUCUCCAUCUCAUCAUCUAACCUACCAUGGGGUUAGGGACUUGCUGCUACCAGACAUGUUGUUAGCCCCCUCCACUCCUGAUGAAGUGGAUUUGAGAAUCAAGGCCAGAGUUCCUGCAAUACCUUCUGACACUAUGACACAUAGACACCAGGAGAGGAAACCCUCGGGGAGCUCUGCAGACACAUCACAACCAGCCAAGACAGACUCACCCCCAGCCCCCAUCCAGGCACCUCCUGUCAUCCUGACACUGCCCGGACAGAGUGUGAAUCCUCUCUGUGUGGACAUCAAGCACUCUCAGGGGCCAAUGAACCUGCUCUCAGACCCUGACCAAGGGGUUGAGGUGACUGGCCAGUAUGAGACAGAAAAGGCCCAGUUCUCGUGGAUCGAGGUGACCUUCAAGAACCCCCAGCUGCAGGUCCGCGCCUCCCCUGAGCACGUGGUAGUGACUCGAAAUCGAAGAAACUCUGCCUAUAAGUGGAAAGAGAUGCUGUUCUCGGUGACACCUGGCCUCAACAUGACCAUGGACAAGGCGGGGCUCCUGCUGCUCAGCAGCCCAGACAAAGUGACCAUCGGCCUGCUCCCCUGGGACGGUCCUGGGGAGGGACUCCGGCUCCUUCUGCGGGACACCGACCGCUUCUCUAGCCACGUUGGCGGGACCCUUGGCCAGUUCUACCAGGGCGUGCUCUGGGGGCCCCCAGCAGCGGCAGAUGACAGCAGGCGAACACUGAGCGUUCAGGGCCGUGACUACUCUGCCACCAGAUUGCUCAAGCUGGAUUACCAAGAGGCUUCCCCAGGAACAGAGAUUUCCUGCUGGUCCGUGGAGCUAUAG